UACGGACGUCCGUGCGAAAACUUGCGCCCAAUUCCCCAUCCUUUUCUCUCCAUUUCUCGAUUCUACCUUCUGCUGCCGGCGUCCCAAAUCCAAAUCCUGCUUCGUCGGGCGGUUUCGUCUCUCGGGUAGGACGCGAAUGCAGUGCCUUCAAUUUGGUUCUCUGAUUCAUCGGCCUUCAACUUCGCAGGUUUCGCAGAUUCAUUCAGGCUUCUGGCCGUCCGUAUUGAGAACAGUGGCUUUACCAUGGCUCGUAAUCCCAAUGAUCCACUCCCACAAGUUGAAACAACAUGUGAAUCUCUUCUCGAUGAGCUUCAGGUUAUAUGGGAUGAACUUGGUGAAUCUGAUGCCGAAAAGGAUAAAAUGCUUCUUGAACUAGAACAGGAGUGCCUAAAUGUGUACAGAAGAAAGGUUGAUCAGGCAAACCUGUAUAGAGCUCAGCUGCAGCAACAAAUUGCUGAUUCUGAAGCAGAGAUAGUAGCCAUAUGUUCUUCCAUGGGCGAACGACCAGUGCAUAUAAGGCAGAGUCCUGGCUUCUUAAAGGAGCAGCUGAAGGCCACUGCCCUGAAGCUGGAAGAGAUGCACAAGAGGAAAAGUGAAAGACUGAACCAAUUUUUAGAGGUUCUGGAUCAGAUACAAAAGAUCUCAACUGAGAUUUGUCCUACUGAGUAUGAUCCAUCUAAGUUUGCAAUUGAUGGAUCUGACCUGUCCGUUAGAAUACUAGAAGAUUUGCAGACACAGCUACAAUCACUUCAGAAGGAGAAGAGCGAGCGGUUGAGGCAAGUCAUGGAUCACUUGAAUACUCUGAAAAAAUUGUGCCUUGUAGUUGGCAUUGAUUUCAAAGAAACAAUCAGAGAGGUACAACCCGGCUUAGACCAAGAUGAAGGAUCAAAGAACAUCAGCAACAACACCAUAGAAAGUCUUGCAUCUGCUAUUGAAAACAUGCGAAAGAUCAAGAUAAAAAGAAUGCAGAAGCUUCAAGAUCUGGUGACUGCCAUGUUGGAGUUGUGGAAUCUGAUGGACACACCAAAUGAGGAACAACAGCAAUUCCAGAAAGUAACAUGUAAUAUAGCUGCAUCAGAGCAAGAGUUUACAGAGCCCAAUGCUCUUUCCAUGGACUUCAUCAAUUAUGUGGAAGCAGAAGUUUUAAGACUCGAACAGUUAAAAGCUAGCAAGUUGAAAGAGCUAGUUCUGAGGAAGAAAACUGAGCUAGAAGAGAUUCGUCGGAGAACUCAUCUGGUUGCAGAAGCAGACUAUGAACCAGAAUUUUCAAUCGAUGCUGUUGAGGCAGGAGCCACUGAUGCAUCUUUAGUGUUAGAGCACAUAGAAGCUCAGAUUUCAACUGCUAAAGAAGAAGCUUUUAGCAGGAAAGACAUUCUCGAACGUGUAGAAAAAUGGUUGGCUGCAUGUGAAGAGGAGGCUUGGCUAGAAGAGUACAAUAGGGAUGAAAACCGUUAUAGCGCUGGAAGAGGUGCUCACUUAACACUGAAGCGUGCCGAAAAGGCUCGUGCUUUAGUCAGCAAGAUUCCAGCAAUGGUGGACACUCUGGAAAACAAAGUAACCGCAUGGGAGAAAGAAAGGGGCACUGAGUUCAUAUAUGACGGUGCCCCCCUUCUGUCAAUGCUGGAGCAAUACAUCACAGUGAGUCAAGAGAAAGAACAAGAGCGCAAGAGGCAGAGAGAUCAGAAGAAGCUCCAGGGACAACUCACAGCUGAGAAAGAAGUGCUUUAUGGGUCCAAACCAAGCCCAGCAAAGCUUCAGAGUUUCAAAAAAACACACAAGACAUUGACGUUGAGUCCAUCCCAAAGGAUAUCUCUUGGUGCAGCUGCUACAAACUCACCCAAGAAGGCAUAUGAAGUGGGUACUGUUUCUACUGGUACGAGAGGCAUAGACAAUGCUGGUCUUUCAGAGAAGUCAUCAUCGAACGCUACAGCUACUGCUACUUUUGAAACAAGCAGCCCCUCAGAAGACGUGAAAGAGACCACGAAGGCCAUGCCGGUAUCAACUCCUAAAAGUCCGAGGAAAGUUGCAGCGGACGGGACAGGGGAAGGAGACGCGACAGAGUACUCGUUCGAAGAAAGAAGGCUCGUUUUCUGUCUGUCUCGGAAGAGAGACGAAGGAGCUCUCUAGCCUUUCGCACUAUGUCCAGCCGAUGCCCAUCAUAGAGGUUCUGGUAAGAAGCACUUCGCGGGAUGGACAUGAGAUUGGUUCAUGUUAUUGAGAGCUGAAGUAAACUAAGGAGGUCACGUCAGGUCAUGUCGCUACUACUACUACUA